AUGAAUUGUCCUAACUUCGCAGCUGUCGCACUUCAAAGGACAGAUUACUAUAAUGGGAUGCUGGUAUUAGACCAUUACACUUCUGAGAAUUCUGUUUGUCGUAUUAUUGAUAUACUUUGUAGGCCAACAAAUAGUGAGGAUGAAACUACAUUGAUCUUUGACCAAAACAGUGAGGAAAUCAAAAAGAAAGGUGAAGUACAGCUCCAAUUGAUUUGUGAUACAACGGGCGAAUGGAUUUACAACAGUCAAGUAGUACAAACAGCAAGUUGCUUAGCACAAACUGCAGACUCUUCUGUAACUCCUGAUCCCUCUAUCACAUCAACAACACCAAUCCCCACGCCAACGACUUCAGUUGUUGUGGAUCCGGGAGAGAACGGCUGUCAGAAGUGUUCGAGACUAACUGUUGAUGGAAUCAAUGAUGAUGAUAUGUAUUUCGAUGGUUUCACAACCCUUGUUUCUUAUAUGAAAGGAGAUUGUAAUGCUGUUUAUCUGACUUGUGAAGGGAAUACUGAAUCAGACGACAUUGUUUUCGUGAUGUCCAAAACAGAAUUGAUGAAAGGAAGAGGUAAAAUGCCAAUGAACUUGACUUGCAAUGAUAUGGCUGUAUGGACGAAUGAACAAGGAAUCGUCGUUCCCAACAUAGCUUGUGGUAUCAGAAGAAUGUUUACGACGACAGUUACAACCACCACUCUAAGUACAACUGUCCCUACGACUAUGUUAAUGAGUUCAACAGUCACUGAAUCAAUGUGUAGCCAAUGUCCUAAUCUUGAAGGAGAGGCACCUCCUUCUCUAGGACCUGAUGAAGACAUUGGAACACUCAUAUUAGAUCAUUAUUUCCAUCCCACAACUAACUGUCGGGUUGUCAUUAUACGUUGCCGAGGAGCUAGUACUUAUGAUAACCUCACCUUGUACUUCAACGGAAACGAGAUUAUGACUUCACCUUACCAUGUAUCUGGGAGCUUAACAUGCUCGUCCUCAGGUGUAUUCUCUCGGUUAGGGGUUGAAUUGAAAACCGCUGCAUGUAAAAUCAAAAGAUUAGCAAGUGGUCUGACCACCAUGAUGACUAGUCCAACCAUCUCUACAGCCACUACAACGACAGCUCCUGGAACACUCGCUUGCUCUAACUGCAAUAGGAUGUUUGUCGUGGGUGUUCCUUCUGGAUAUCGAAGUGGCUUGCUCACAAUGGAUACGAUACGCCAGCCCGACUCUUGUAUUCAAGUACUUCUCUCAUGUGCAGCUGCAGAAAGUGCGGAACCAGUUGUUAUCCUCAAUAAGGACGGUACUCCCAUAACAGAAGCAUAUGACAGGAUAAACCUCACUCUGACAUGUAAUGAGAAGUCUGAAUGGAUUACGGAUCAAUCGGUACUAGUUCCUUCCCUCAGUUGCGGACAAAUGACAACAGCUGCAACUACAGCUUCAACAACAACACCGAAUCCUGCAACAGCGACUGAUUGCAAUGCAGCGGCAUGGGCAACGUGGGAAGAAUGGUCUACUUGUCCGACUCCAUGUGGCUCAUGUGGAAACAUUCAACGUUUCCGCGUAUGCAACAAACCUUCGGCUGAAUGUAGAUGUCCAGGAUCAGCUUUUGAAAAAUCUGUUUGCAACACACAUGUCUGUUUAUAUCCAUAUCCGAAAGAAAUUAAUCAAUCGUGUUGUUCCGGUUUUAAACCAACUUCGGACAGAGGAGAAUUUCAUUGCUUACGAGAACAAUAA